AUGUUUGAGAUUCCUCUCAAUUGCUUCUUUGAUGUCUUCCAUCUUGAGCCUCUCAACCGAAGUAACAGGUCCAUUCCCUACGCAGCACAUAACGACGUGACGACUACGACAAAUGGAAGCACGAACAGCUCCUUCAACGCCUUUCGUAUAAGCAGCCCAAUACGUCGACGGCUGCUCUCCGCCAUCACCUACGAGGACUCUUGCCAAUUUGCGAGUAACCUCUGCUCGCGCAUCGCCCACACUGUGCUUCCACUCAGCUGCCAACGCUUUUAUGUCUGGAAAUCCAGACUUGUAAGCAGCUGCUGA